AUGCCGAGAGAUCGGCAUUGCUCCCGGAUUGACAUUUAUGGGUUAAAAUUUCGUAUAGAACAGAAGCUUGGUGGACAAAAGGCCAAAAAGUAUUUCACUCUGUUGAACGGAUAUUUAAGUCUUAAACUUAGCAAAUCGGAGUUCGAUAAGCUCUGUGUUGGAUUGUUGGGCCGAGAGGAUAUCGCUCUUCACAAUGGGCUAAUUCGAGCAAUUAUCAAGAAUGCAUGUGUUGCCAAGAUUCCUCCACCAAAGGAUAGCAAAUCUGAAGCUUCAUUGAAUGUGAAACGGCCUAAUGGCUACCAAAGAAGUAGUCUUCAGUUGCUCUGUAGAGAUGUGUUUCCUCAGUCUCCUAGAAAGGGACGGACUCCUACCCUUCGUGAUCGCAAAUUCAGGGAUAGACCGAGCCCUCUUGGGACUCAUGGGAAUGCCCAUAAUGUUCCAUGUGAAGAUUCAGUAGCAAACGUUCAAGAACAGCAGAGUGCUACUGAGCUUUUGUCCUUAGCUAGCAAGCCUCCUAUUGAACGCACGUCAGUGGAAGAUGGUGAAGACGUAGAACAGGUUGCUGGAUGUCCAGGCAUUUACAGUAAAAGCCCGGUUAAAGCUCCUCUUGGCGUCUCGCUUAAUGCAAAAAGAACGAGGAAGGUGCUCUGCCAUGGAUCAGCACCAUUCAAUUACAUUGACACUUGUUUUAAUAAUGGUGAGCUGCCUGAUACCAGUUCAUUGAAGAAGUGCUUAGAACUAAAUUUGGAGAUGGAGGGUUUAAAGGUCUCAAAAAGUUGUGCGAACUUGUUGAACAAUGGGCUCGAUAUUUUUAUGAAGAGAUUAAUAGAACCCUGUCUGGAUUUAGCUGCUUCAAGAUGGAAACGCACGCUCCACAAUCAAGUUCAUCAUCAAGCCAAAUCCAUCAUAAAUGGGAUGAGGCCCAUGUCAUACAUACAGAACCCGUUGUUUUCCGUGUCAAUGUUAGAUUUUCGAGUUGCAAUGGAGUCGAAUCCUAGGAUACUUGGAGAAGAUUGGGCAGUGCAGCUUGAGGAAAUUUCCUUGCGUGCAUCAGAAGUUCAUACCACAGAAUAG